AUGCUAGACAACGCUGGCGACAAGGCUGGCUCAUCAUUUGCUCAAAUGUUCAUCACCGAUGUCAGGUGGGGCCGCAAGCCUGUCGAUACGCGGGGCACAGCCGUCAAAGCAUGCCAGCGCAGCAUCUGCUGCCCACGCAGCAGCUUCAACUACCAAGCCGACCAAGCCAAACAGUGCCUCCUCUUGCGGCUCUUGCACAAUCACCUCCAGUGGCAUGGCCGGUUCCACAGGCCACACGGGUUCGCUCUUCAGUUUCGAAUUGCUCGGCUUCCGACUGAAUAUGGUAGUUUGCACGCAGGUGUUGCAAACACCGACAGUCCCCAUCACAGCUUCAAGGGCAUGGGAGCAACAGCCGUGCUCUCAGCGUUUUGCAGCAGGGGAAAUUUUGGGGGUAGCUGGCAACGCCUGGCAACGAGUCUGAAAGAGCAGAGGCACUCAUCCCACUGA